AUGCUCAAUAUAUUAUUUUAUAACGACAAAACUCUUAAAUUUAACAUUAACCGCCCAUAUAUUUCUUCUAAUAAUGAAAUUUGUGAAAAUAAGCUGGACAUCAUUUUAGACCAUUUAAUAAUUUUCGAAUUUCUUGUGAUUGAUUUUACACAUGUUAAGAUUGUUGGGCAAUAUAUGGAUACUUUAUUUAAUAUUUUAAUAAAUAGAGGCGAUAAAUUAAAUCAAGUUCGGCUUGUGUUAGGUCCAUAUUGGUCGUCACAACUUAAUAAUUUUUUAGUUGAAUAUAUAACAACAUCUAAAGACUGUUCAAAAAUGGUGCCUGAUAUUCGCCUAAAAUGUCUUGAUAAACCAAAUUUAAAAUUAAGUGAAAGAGCAAAAGAAGUUAAAAAUUCAAAUGAUCUAAAAUCUACAAGUUAUCUAAUUACAAAUAUUCACAAUCCAAAAACAAAAUUUUAUUUUAAUACUUCAGAACCCAAAGAUAAUUCGAGUAAUUAUACUUUAAGAAUAAUAAAAGAGUAA